AGUAGAUGUCACUCAUGUGUACAAAUUUUUUAAAUAAACUUUGUUUAUACUCGUUAGGAGCACAUUUCUUUAUUUAUAUUUAAAUAAAAAUAAUUUGUUGAGAUAAAGUGCAAUGCCACCUCCGUCAGCUAGUCGAAAAUUCAUGUAUCCUGAGGAAUCAGUGCCCUAUUCAAUAUAUAUUAAACAAGAACAUCCUGAUGAAUUAUUUGUUAAACUUGAUAAGCCAAGCAAAUUACAAUUAGAGGAGCGACCAACAUUCUUAAAAGUGGGCGCACUCGCAACAGUCAAAGGUUCCGCCUAUAUGGAAUAUGGAAAAACGAAAGUAAUGGCAUCGAUUGAACCACCACGUGAAUUGAGCAAACAGACUAAGAAAAUUGGCACAUUGGGUUUAGUUACGUGUACAUUAAAGUAUGCGCCUUUUGCCGUGAAAGAUCCUGCAUGUAUACCGAGAAAAGAGACGUCUAUGGCAUUGGCCUUAAAAAAAGCUUUAGAACCUGUCAUUUGUCGACAUGAGUUUCCCUAUUUUCAACUAGAAAUAAAAGUAAUAAUAUUGGACGAUGAUGGCUGCGCGUUGAGUACAGCUAUUAAUUGCUGUGGUGCCGCUUUGGUAGAUGCCGGUAUUGCUACAUAUGACUUAAUAACAGCAUCGACAGUUUGUAAAUAUAAGGAUGUGGAAUUCGUAAAUCCAAAUGCCAUUAUCGAACAAUUAGUUUCAACAAUAACCGAUGCUGAAAGCGAUGAAGAGCAUGGCAUCGUUGUUACCGCCAGUUUGGCCGCAGUUGACCAAAUAACUGAAUGCUUUCAAAAAGGAUAUUUAAAGCCGGAAACGCUGCAACAACUAACGGAUCAUACAUUGGUCAUUAAUGAACGUAUAUUGGAGACUGUGCGAUUUGUGUUAUUUAACAAAGUCAAAACACAGUUGGAAAAAGAGAAAGCAACAAGGGAAAUAAUUGAGCAUAUCAAUAUUGUGACUGAUAGUACAGUGCCGGAGUAAAGUUAAUAAAACUUUAAUUUGUUUUACAAAUUAUAAAAUAUUUAUUUUUGUUAAACUAAAAUAUAUACCAUCAUUUAUAUA